AUGGCGGCGCAGUCCUGGCUCCUGGCCGCGGCGGCCACGGUCGCUCUGCUGGUUGCGGCGGCGUCCGCGCAGUCCGGCGGCAGCAGCAGCGACGACUGCACGUCGGCGCUGGUGAGCCUGUCCCCGUGCAUGGACUACAUCAGCGGCAAUGGCACGUCGGCGCCCAGCGCCUCGUGCUGCUCGCAGCUCAAGAGCGUGGUGCAGUCCGAGCCGCAGUGCCUGUGCGCCGCCCUCGGCAGCGACGGCGCCUCGACCUCCCUCGGCGGCGUCACCAUCGACCGGUCGCGCGCGCUCGGCCUCCCCGCGGCUUGCAACGUCCAGACCCCGCCCGCCAGCCAGUGCAACGGGUCGUCGGGCGGCGGAUCGAAGGCGACGCCUUCCCUGCCAUCUGGUGGUGCGUCGCUCCGGGGGCCGGCGGGUCUUGUGCUCGGGCUCGUCGCGGCUGCGGUUUACGCCGUGGCAGCUGCGUGA